GCAAUGCUUCGUGCGAAAAGUAUCAACUGCUAGUUGUUAGUAACGAUUGAGCCACAAUGUCAAAGCAAGUGCCUUCGGUGAGCCUUAGUAAUGGCUACAAAAUUCCGUCCAUUGGUUACGGAACGUACUUGGCACUAAAGGGUCAAGGUGUGGAGCUGGUGAAGAAAGCGAUCGAUGCCGGCUAUCGUCACAUCGACACAGCAUUCCUGUACGAGAAUGAGCACGAAAUCGGCCAAGCCAUAAGGGAAAAGAUAGCGGAAGGUGUGAUCCGCCGGGAAGAUGUGUUCGUAACGACCAAACUGUGGAACACGUUCCACGAUCCAGCCCAUCUGGAGGAAGCAUUUCGGCGUUCCUACAAUUCGCUGGAUAUUGGAUACAUCGAUCUCUUCCUGAUCCACUCUCCGAUGGGCCAACAGUUUGCUGGGUACGAGAUUGAGGAUAUGCAACCGAAAGAUGCUGCCGGAAAUAUGCUACUGUCGGAUGUUGAUUAUGUGGACACAUGGAAGGCGAUGGAGAAGCUGGUCAGCUCCGGAUGGGUUCGAAGCAUCGGACUCUCGAACUUUAACAGUGAGCAGAUAGAGCGGGUAUUGGCCGCGGCCACGAUCAAACCGGUCAACAACCAGAUCGAAGUAAAUCCCGGGUACGAUCAGCGUCGGUUGAUCGAGUUUUGCCGGGAACGUGGUAUCACGGUGACAGCCUAUGGUCCGAUGGGACGGCCGCAUCGAACGACAUACGGUAAUCGAAGCGCGCUUGAUGAUCCAAAGGUGCGCGAAAUUGGCCAAAAGUAUGGUAAAACAAAUGGUCAGGUGAUAUUGCGCUAUCUGAUCGACAUCGGAACCAUUCCGAUACCAUAUUCCACCAACGACGAGCGAAUCCGACAGAAUAUUGACGUGUUUGACUUCAAGCUUACCGAGAACGAAAUCCAAUACUUGAGCUCGUUUCAUUCGGAUCGCACCAUUCAGUUCCUGCCCCUUAAAGGCCACAAGUACUAUCCUUUCAAUGUCGAAUUUUGAAAGAAGUCAAGCUUUUCAUCAGAAUGAUUCGGUUUGGCUUAGAUUGAAUACGUUAAAGUUUUCUUCCAAAUAAAAAGAAAUCCACCUUGUUUUUAAA